AUGCACAGUGUUUUUCGCGUCGAUGAUAUCAAGCAGGCAGUCAGCAACAAACGUCUAUGGGAAGUUCAAUUAAGCCUUACAGGCGAUAGUGAUCCACAAUUGGCUACUCUUACUGAACGCAUAAAAGGGGAGCUCUUUGGAUCCACAGGAUGGCAUCAACUGGGUCAUCUAAUGCUCAAAGGUGGUCACUUCAAUCAAGCUGAAGAACUUUACAACGAAUUACUGAAGAACUCGUCCAGCGAUACGGAUAAAGCAGAUAUAUAUCAUAUGCUUGGAGGGUUGAAAGACCAUCAAGGACAAUAUAAAGAAGCAGUUUCAUUUUAUGAAAAAUCACUUGAAAUCAAGCGAAAAACUCUUCCGGAAGAUCAUUCUUCAUUGGCUAACACCUACAACAACAUUGGUCUUGCGUAUGACAACAUGGGUAACUACUCGAAAGCACUUCAAUUUUACGACAAAUCACUUAAAAGAAAAGAAAAAUCUCUGCCUCCGAACCAUCCCUCAUUGGCUACUUCCUACAACAACAUCGGUCUUGCGUAUGGCAACAUGGGUAACUACUCGAAAGCACUUGAAUUUUACGACAAAUCACUUAAAAUAGGAGAAAAAGAUCUGCCUUCGAAUCAUCCCGAUUUGGCUAUUUCCUACAACAACAUCGGUUCGGUGUAUGACAACUUCGGUAGCUACUCGAAAGCACUUGAAUAUUGGGUGUGGGUGUGGGUGUCGGUGUCUGUAUGGGUUUGGAUGUGGGUGGGUGUGGAUGUGAGUGUAGGUAUAGGUUUGGGUUUGGGUUUCAACAUAGAUCUUUUCUUGACAACACCCACACCUACACCCACACUGUAAAAAAUAGGUACUUUCCUGAACCCUCCAAAAAGGUUUUGCAGCUGUCCAAAAGCUUCCAAAUGCGUUCAAACGUUCAAAAAAACGAUUCUAAAAAUCUACGAAACCAUAAAAGAGUCUGACCGCGGAUACACGGGCGGAACCAUCUCCUACGAAACCUUUUUCAAGUGCCAUACAGCGAAAAAACGUUUCUUAAGAAAAUACGAAACCUUUAUAGUUUCUUAGUAAACCUUAUGGUUUCGCACUACGGUUUUAUACGAAACCAUUAUUUUUACUAGGAAACUAUAAAGGUUUCGUAUUUUCUUACGAAACCUUUUUUUCGUUGUACGGAACUUGAAAAGGUUUCGUAGGAGAUGGUUCCGACCGUGUAUCCGCGGUCAGAUCCUUUUAAGGUUUCGUAGAUUUGUGAAAUCGUUUUUUUGAGCGUUUGAACGCAUUUGGAAGCUUUUGGACACCUACGAGACCUUUUUGGAGGGCCCAGAAAAGUAUCUAUUUGUUUUACAGUGCACCCACACCACACUCCACACGCACCCACACCCAAACCCCACAUCCACACAUCCACACCAGCACCCACACCACACACCCACAUCCACACCCAUAUACCCACACCCCAUAUUGAGGGUGGGCAUGGAUGUGAGCGUGUAUUUUCUUUUCAUGUACACCAACACCGACUGCCACACACCAUCCAAGGCGAUGACACUCAAGUGAUUGUGGAGAUAAUCACUAAAGAAAACUUGGAAAGACAAAUAAUCCCAUGAAUGAAGUUACAGGGCUUUUUCUACUUUGUUUAUUGUUCACAGUUAUAUUCUCAAGUUAAGCUAGGUAGAGUUUACUGAGUGUCAACGAAUAAAAACACUUACAUUUGAAAUUGUAAGUCUAGAAAAAAGCAGAAUACAGCAGCUGUAUAAAUGAACAACGUGAUUUCUGUUCAGCCCAUUGCAGAUUACUCACAAUUCUAGAUUAUCACUCAAGCAGCAUAUCAUAUACAGUAUGAGUGGACACAUGUUCAAGACAACAGUUUCUACGUCACAAAUCGAUGCCAUUACAACUUCAAGAACAUCUUCAAAUACCAUUGAAGCGAAACAACACCGAGUUCAAGAUUAUUCGUUGAUCUGGAUAGACGGCAACAUUGAUGUGGCAAAUAAGAAUUGCCAAAAUGCGCUCGCGCAAUUACGCAAUGUCAUUAAUGACGUUCAUACUUUCACCCAAUCGGAUGAAUGCGUUGACUUUCUCACUGAAGUCGAUGACAGAAAGGUGUUCCUCGUUGUAGCAAGUACUAUGAGCCAACCAAUGAUACCUCUGAUACAUGACAUUGCGCAUCUUGACUGCAUUUACAUCUUUUCUGAGAAUGAAACACAACACAAAGAAUGGGCAACAAACUUGCCAAAAAUUCAAGGUAUCUUUACAGAAAUUGCACAAAUUUGCGAUUCAUUACAAAAAGUCGCUCGUCAAUGCGAUCACGACGCAAUGCCGAUGAGUUUCGUUCCAAAAGAGAUGGUGGUAGCAACAGCUGCAUCUGCCGAACGCAAUCUCAACCAAUUGGAGCCGUCUUUUAUGUAUUCAACAUUAUUCAAAGAAAUUUUAUUGGAAAUCGAUGAAGACGACGCUAAGUCGAUGAGUGACCUUGUCGCCUAUUGCAGUAACAAAGGUGUUCCUGAAUCGCAAUUAAAGGAAUUUCAGGGUAGAUACCACGAUAAAUCGCCAGUCUGGUGGUAUACUCGGCAAAUUUUUCUUUACGGCAUGCUCAAUUGUGCCCUACGGUCACUUGACAUGGAGGUAAUGACAAAAAUGGGUUUCUUCAUCCGCUCGCUCCAUCGACAAUUAGAGAAACUUCAUCGAGAACAAUCGGGUGCCUCUAUGACAAAGUUCAUCGUUUAUCGAGGUCAGGGGCUUUCACAACAGGAUUUUAAACAUUUAAUCGACUCGAAAGGUGGACUUCUCUCGUUUAAUAAUUUCUUGUCGACCAGUACAAAACAACAGAUCGCUAUGAGAUUCGUUCAACGUGCCACGCACAAGGAUAAAGACAUCGUAGGUGUUCUUUUCAUCAUGACAAUUGGUCCAAGUAAAAUUUCAGUUUCAACUACUUCAUUUGCGCUUAUCGACCAGUACAGUGCUAUCAAAAGCGAAAAAGAAAUUUUAUUUUCAAUGCACAGUGUUUUUCGUGUCGAUGAUAUCAAACAGGUAGUCAGCAACAGUCCUCUAUGGGAAGUUCAAUUAAGUCUUACAGGCGACAAUGAUCCACAACUGGCUGCUCUUACCCAAUUCAUACAAAAGAAUCUCCUUGGAUCCACAGGAUGGCAUCGAUUGGGUCAUCUAAUGCUCAAAGUGGGUCAUUUCAAUCUAGCGGAAGAACUUUACAACGAAUUACUCAAGAAAGCUUCCAGCGACGAUGACAGAGCACAUAUAUAUCAUAUGCUUGGACUGUUGAAACCAGACCAAGGGCAAUAUAAAGAAGCAGUUUCAUUUUAUGAAAAAUCACUUGAAAUCUAUCGAAAGACUCUUCCGGAAGAUCAUUCUUCGUUGUCUAGUUGCUACAACAACAUCGGUGAAGUGUAUAGAAACAUGGGUAACUACUCGAAAGCACUUGAAUUUUACGAAACAUCACAUAAAAUCUAUGAAAAAGCUCUGCCUCCAAACCAUCCCUCAUUGGCUACUUCCUACAACAACAUCGGUUCGGUGUAUAACAGCAUGGGUAACUACUCGAAAGCACUUGAAUUUCACGAAAAAUCACAUAAAAUAAAAGAAAAAUCUCUGCCUCCGAAUCAUCCCGAUUUG